GCUCUUUCCGUCGACUUCCUCUGCUCUAUCCGGCGUCGCCAUUCAGCGGGUUCCACAAGCCCAAUCGGCGGUGUCCGUCCCAGGGAAGCAGCGUCGGCAUCCACAGUUCCUCUCGCAGUCUCUCUCUCUCCCCGUUGCCAUUUCGUCCGCCCAUCGCUGAGCAGAGCCGGCGCCGUCCAUCGCCGAGCAGAGCCGCCGCCAUUCUUAUCGUCGGUACAUCGCCGUCUCCUUCAUCGCGCGCCCAAGCCAGCGGGAACCAAGGUUGCAGUGGCGGUUCUUCCUUCAACCCUAGCCUUCAAUUUCUUCAACUUUUUUUGAGGUAGGAACAAAGAUUUGGAUGGGCAACCCGGGGGGCAGUGAAGUCGUGGUGUGGCGUGGAUGACUCAUGUUUACUUUAAUAAUUAAACUACAUUAUUUUAUUUGAUUAUAUGGACUGUUGGACAUUAUUUUAGUUUUCUUAUGCUUCCGCGACGUUUGGAAUUAUUUAAUCACUCCGAUGAACUUUGUUUUAGUUUGAACUCUUACGGGCGAAUUUUAUAAUUGAUUUAAUUAUUUAUUUAAGUAAAGAAAAUUUAUGCAUGCGAAUACCAACUUAGUAACAACCCGGUUCACUAACUCGUUGGUUCGGGUUACGCGGGUUGGGAUGUUACACACUACAUCCACAGACAUUCCCUCUAUUACCUCGAGUCCAUUCACUGACACACAGGUGUCCCCUCCACCCCACGUACUAUGCCAUCUGGACCUUGUACGUCAAGUCGGAGAGAGUACUGAGGAUCGGGAGGAUGGAGUUGGCGAUGACCACGACUCCAAGGACCGCGAUGCCGAGGGACGCAAUGGCAGGGCUCGUGAUGGCGAGGACGAGGUCCGCGAUGAUAAGGACCAAGAGGGUGGAUAUCACGAGGGUCCCGGUCAUCACGGUCAGUUUCAUCACAAGUUGUCAACAACAACGACGUUCAGUCAGUCAAUUCAUGCUAAGGAUAAUGUCAAUUUCCUUGUAUUGUAUUUUAACGAGGUUUUGCAAUAACUAUCGUUUAACAAACGAUUAUGAUGUAAUCGCGUAUUGUGUCCUAACGAAUUAGACAAUAGCUUUCGGAUAGAUAACAUAGUUUAUUGAUCCUAAACGUUUGCGUUUGAAUCAAUGAUCAGAUCGUGU